AGGACCAAGUGGAAGAGGCAGACCGCGGUGGGCCUGGAGCUCCUGGCGGAAGCCGGGAACUACUCGGCCCUGCAGAGGAUGUUCCCCUCCCCGUACUUCUACCCGCAGAGCCUCGUGUCCAACCUGGACCCCGGGGCGGCCCUCUACCUGUACCGGGGCCCCUCGGCGGCGCCGCCCCCGGCCCUACAGAGACCCCUGGUCCCGCGGAUCCUGCUGCACGGCCUGCAGGGGGGCGGCGAGCCGCCGCCGCCCCCUCCUCCCCCUCUCCCCCCCAUGUCCAGCGUCCUGGCUCGGCCCGCGCAGCAGCGGUGAGCCGGUCCGUGCUGCCCACCGGCUCCGGUUCUUGUUCCUCUUUGGAACAAAAACAAACUAAAAACCAGGAGGAAAAACUAAAAAAAACGUUUCGGAGGAACCGGAUGGACUCUGAGGACGGACCGGACCGAACCGACUUUUGGACUUUUUUUUAUUUUUAUUCUUUGUAUCUGGAUCAGUCUGAAAGGACAGAAGUUUUAUUGAUAGUUUAUUU